AAAAGAAUCUCUAAAUUUCAAUUCUAGCUUCAAUAGAAUCAAUUUGUUUAUUCGCAAAUGCUUUGGCAAUUAUUGACUUAAAACAUGUGGUAAGCUUUCAAUGAAGUGCAAUUAUACCCUCGAUCAAAAGUCAAAAUGUCAACAAUUUCCCCGUUUCUCGACCCUGGCCCGAAAACGACACCAAAUACGCUGGCAUUAGCCCACCUAUCCCGCGACUGCAUUGAACCAAUAUACCUGAACGAAACCUCGGGAGCCAACGAUGGAUAUGCUGAAGGAGCAGUAUUAAACACGCGGUUCGGAUCAUUCCCGCAUUCGACCCUACUCCACAAACCUUGGGGCUCGCAGAUACGCGCUUCGGUCGUAGAUACUGGUAGUAGAGGGCGAAAGCGCAAACUUGGUGAUGGCGCAAAUGGCGAAGUACUAGAAAAUGAAGUGGGGGACACUGGCGCAGGUGUUGCAAUACCCAAAGACCUCAAAACAGCAUCGAGCGGCUUCAUCCACAUAUUACCACCUACUCCCGAGUUAUGGACGACGAGUUUACCACAUCGAACCCAAGUAGUAUAUACACCCGACUAUAGCUACAUUCUCCACCGCAUUCGUGCACGACCCGGUAUGAAAAUAAUCGAGGCUGGUGCUGGAAGCGGUAGUUUUACACACGCAGCCAUUAGGGCAGUUUAUAACGGCUAUCCUCGGGAUACACACGAUACCAAAGGAAAAGUACUCAGUUUCGAAUUCAACGAAGACCGAUAUCAGAAAAUGCGAAAGGAAAUUGAGGACCAUUGCCUAGAUAAGCUCGUUCAAAUUACCCACCGCGAUGUCUACAACGAUGGCUUUCUCGUCGACGGUGAAAGUCCCGAAGCCGAAUGCGUUUUUCUAGAUUUACCAGCGCCGUGGAAAGCCCUUCCCCACUUAUCGAGACGGAAGCCAACAGCGACUCAAGUUUCAAGUAGUGGGCUAGAGAGUCUUAGUGACGACAGUUCCGAAUGGAAGUCUCCUCUUCGCGCAGAUCGAACUGCCUAUAUUUGUACCUUCUCUCCUUGCAUUGAGCAAGUUACCAAGACAGUCGAUGUUAUGCGUCGGCUGGGAUGGAUGGAAAUUGAGAUGGUCGAAGUCGCACAUAAGAGGAUUAAUGUGAUGCGCGAGCGGGUAGGCUUAAACAUACCUACAGGGGAGCGAGGCGCGACACAGACAGCAGCAAAUGUUGCCGAGGCCAUCACGAAGCUAAAAGAGAUAGAAUCUCGAUUCAAGAUCUCUCAGGGCCAACAAUUGGAUGAUGAUGAUGUUGAUAUGAACGAUGAUAGCAAGCCAAUCAAUGGUCGCGCAAAAACCACUUCACAUGUCAAUGAAGUCGAAGACGCACCCUCUGUUAAGCCUUGGAUGGCCGGAAGGCUAAUUCAUCGAACGGAACCCGAAUUGAAGACGCAUACAUCUUAUCUGGUAUUUGCUUUACUACCGCAAGAGUGGACAGAAGCUCAAGAAGCGGCAGCUUUCGAAAAGUGGCCAUGCGGAAUGGAAAGUAAAGUUAUCGGUAGUUUAGACAAGGAAGCACGAAAAAAGGAGAAACGGGAAAUGCUGAUAGGAAAGAAGAGGAAGAAGGAAGCCCAAAGUAAGUCUGGGGGCGACCGGCCUCCUUCACCGAAAAAAGGCAAAGCCUCCUAGCUGGAAAAUUCGAAAUAGACAUAUGAUACCCAGACCUUCUUGGUCAUUCAAUCGAGCAAUUGAAGACGCGUCGCCAUUCUAGACACCUCAAGAGCCAACAUCCACCGAAAAAUAACCCCAUCAUAAUUCGCCAGGAUGAGGCAGGCAUCUAUCGCACUCCUAUGACAACCGACUACAAAAUUCGAAUAUGCUCCGCGACGUUGAAUUGAUUGAAAUGGCGCUCACGCAAUAUUCGUAAGAAAUGGCAAUGAUAACUUUACGACCUGCUGCAUUCCUAGAAUGGAUUGCAUAGAUGGUCUACCAGGUGAGGCGAAUCGAAUGUUGAAAACCCAAUCAAGAGCUUGAAACAGUCAUAGCAAGUUGUGAUGGCUUGGCAGUUGAUGCUUUCGACUUUUUAUUUAUUUUAAAGAACCCGUUUCACCAACCAGCUUGAUCGACAGCAUGGCCACGUUUGGUAGAGACCUACGAAACGACCAAUGAAGCACGAAUCAACAAUUACGUCUUGAACGUUAAAAAUGACUCAAGUCGAUAAUAAUAAUAAUAAUAAUAAUAAUUGAUUUAUAGAAUUCAGGGAAUCGCUAC